AAUGCUUACGUCACAGUACAAGGCUGGGAGGAGGGUGGGUGCGCGAUUAGUCUAAAAACCGGUAAAUUGCUGACAUACCUAUUUAAUUUAUCAUGGAUUGUAACAUGUUUGCCAUCGAUAGCACCUAAACAAUUGGGGAAGUUCCAGCAAGUCCAAAACUCUGAUGCGAUUUCUUUCCACUUUUGUUCAGUUGGAACAGGCAUAACUUCUGGCAUAACAAUUUCGAUAAUUGCAUAACAUACUUCUAUGAUGAUUUGGUAUACAGUAGAAAGACCUAAUGCCUAGUUUACACGCUGCGUAGUACUUGUCAUUAGUACUUGUCACUCGCACUCGCACCUUGUGUGUAAACAUUAAAAAUAGUGCUUAGUAUUAGUAAAACCGAGAGUGCGAGUGAAUAGAACCCAGUUCUAUUUACUAAUGACAAGUAGCUACCCCCUCCACGACUCUACUCUACUCGCGGUUGCACUCGCAACGUGUGAUCGCAUGAUGAUAGUAUUAGUGCUUAGUUGAAGUGAUAAGAGAAUAUUGGUUUUAUCACGUACCGUCCAAUUUUUGUUAGUUUAUUAAGUUUUUAACGUAGAAUUUAAAAUGUCAGAAAAGUGGAAUGCAGAAACAACUAUCAAAUUUCUUCAAGAGUUUAAGCAAUAUGAAUGCCUCUGGAAUCCUAAACAUGUAUCUUACAAAAAUAAACACAUGCGGGAAGCAUGUUUUCAAAAAAUUGUGGACGGAAUGGCUAUACCCGGUUUUAAAGUAGCUGAUGUAAAAUCUAAAAUGCGAAAUUUAAAAUCUAUCUACUACCAAGAAAAGAAAAAAAAAGAUAAAUCGAAAGCAUCUGGAAGCAGUACAGACAAUGUUUAUGUACCAAACAUAAAAUGGUUUGUUGAAAUGAAAGCACUCUUAAAGGAUGCAGAUGAAAGAAGGAACACUUUUGACAAUAUCAUAACCAAUUUUCCAAGUUUUGAAAAUGCAACUGUAGCCACUGAAUAUCACAACACUAUACCACCAAACACCCAAGACACUGAAGAAAUAUCACUUCAAGAGUCUGAAGAGAUUGACACCUCAUUUUCACAUUCAACACCAAUAUUAAAAGCUAAUACAGAUACCACCCCAAAAAACCGAAAAGAAUCAAAUAAAAAAGGAAUUUUUCGUGCUAUAAAUGAGCUAAAACAAUUGCAAGAAAAUAUAAAUAAACCAGAAGUACCUCAACCUGAAAACCAAUUCGAUAUUUUCGGAAAGAGUGUUGCAGCUCAGUUAAAAGCUUUAAAUUAUGAAAACGCUUUGAUUGCACUAUCAAGAAUUCAAAGCAUAUUAAGUGACAUGGCUGUACAAAAUUAUAGAUCAUGUUCUAUUACAACAGAUUCUAUUGAUAGGUUGUCAUAUGUGUCAUCAGAGGUGGAUUCAAGUGUAAAUUCACCCAUUGAUACAAAUGAUAAUAUUUUAUCUAAUGCAAUUUAUGCUACUUUUACUAAUGAAGACUUUAUAUAA